AUGGUUCUAGAUUUUUUUAUAACAGAUGAAGAAGUCAGUAAUUUUGUGAAUUCAUACAAUGACUCAACAACAGGCUUUAAGGAAUGUAAUCAGUUCAAGGCAGGUGACAAAGUACGUUCAAAAUCAAGAACUUCCAAAAUGGAUGUGACUGGUGUAUUUGGAAGCGUCUGCAGACACGAAUCACCAGUAUUGUUCAUGAAUAUGCAACAUGGAGAGAGGUUGGUCUACUCAGUGCUACUCCUGGAUAAAUUGUUAAAUGUACCUGCCUCCAAAGACCAAAAGUUAAAUGAAACAUAUGACAUUGCCUGUGUUCUGUUUUCACACCUAAAUGUGGAGUUUAAUCCAAGAAGAACCACAGGAUUUGGACUGACCGAUGGUGAAGGUAUUGAAAGAUUAUGGUCAUAUCUAAGGUGUUUUGCAAAAAUAACUAAAGAAAUGACACCAUCCCACCGAGUAGAUUUACUAACUGAUGCCCUGCUACAUUAUGCUAAGCGGAAAGAGAGAAACAUUGGGAAGCAUAGUAAAGCAGUAUCUAUUUUGAAGAAUACUGAGAAGGAGAUUGGUGAUAAAAUCAGCCUCAUCAAUAAAGUCAUUACAGAAGAGACAAUUCAAGAAUGGAAGAUUGAAGAAAAGGCUACUUUGUGCUCCAAGGCUAAGCCUGUUAAAGCUACGUGGGAAGAGAUUUAUGUUGAACAGCUGCAGAGACUGAAUUCAUUAAGUGAGUGUAUACAAGAAGACAAGGAUCCAGAUUUAAUUGAGCAGUAUACUAGACUGCAGAAAUUUGUUGCAUGUUUAGAGAAAGCAAAGGGAAUCAGCAAAAGAUGGCACAAAGAUGAGGUAAAAUAUAUAUCUGCGAAUGAUGUCCUUCAAAGAAGGUGCCAAAAAAACAUCCUUGACAAGAUGAGGGAAGGAGCUCAAGAACGGAUGUUUCUUUUGGACUUGAAAAAGAAGUAUUAUGAUGGUCAGGCAGUUGCAAAGAGAUUUUGUGGUCAAGUUAACAGGUCAAGUUAACAGGUCAAGUAACAAUCUAAAGAAGUUCUUGCUAAGUUUAAAGCAUUUGGUGGAAAUGACAAUACAACAUUUGCUGAUCUUUCCAACCCGGAUGGCAACAUCUACCUUCCAGCAUGUGAGACCUCUGAAGUACCAUUGAUCCAGAAGAGGGAGAUAAUUAAGCUGUCUUUCUUAAAAGAAAGAGCACAGGAGGAAAUUUUUUUUGUAGAAAGAGAGAUG